UGGGCUGGGCUGACAGUGCCUAGUGGCAUAAGGCAGAAACGCCUGCAGACAUUCCCUGGGAAAGGGCAGCAGGAAACAGGUGUGGCAGUGUCAGGGAGGAUUCCUUUCAUCCACGUAGGGUGAGAUUCCCAGGGAGAACUGAAGGACUCGCUUGAGGUGUGAAUGAGGCAGGAUGAACUGGACAGGUUUGUACACCUUGCUCAGUGGCGUGAAUCGGCAUUCUACUGCCAUUGGCCGAGUAUGGCUGUCAGUCAUCUUCAUCUUCAGAAUCAUGGUGCUGGUGGUGGCUGCAGAGAGCGUGUGGGGUGACGAGAAGUCUUCCUUCAUCUGUAAUACCCUCCAGCCAGGCUGCAACAGCGUCUGCUAUGACCAGUUUUUCCCCAUCUCCCACGUGCGUCUGUGGUCCCUGCAGCUCAUCUUAGUUUCCACGCCAGCUCUCCUCGUGGCCAUGCACGUGGCCCACCAGCAGCACAUAGAAAAGAAAAUUCUGCGGCUUGAAGGUCAUGGGGACCCCCUACACCUGGAAGAGGUGAAGAGGCACAAGGUGCACAUCUCAGGGACACUGUGGUGGACCUAUGUCAUCAGUGUGGUGUUUCGGCUGCUGUUCGAGGCGGUUUUCAUGUACGUCUUCUAUCUUCUCUACCCUGGCUAUGCCAUGGUGCGGCUAGUCAAAUGCGAGGCCUAUCCGUGCCCCAACACAGUGGACUGUUUCGUAUCCCGCCCCACUGAGAAAACCGUCUUCACUGUCUUUAUGCUCGCUGCCUCCGGCAUCUGCAUCAUCCUCAAUGUGGCCGAGGUGGUGUACCUCAUCAUACGGGCCUGUGCCCGCCGAGCCCAGCGCCGCUCCAAUCCACCCUCCCGCAAGGGUUCUGGCUUUGGCCACCGCCUCUCACCUGAAUACAAGCAGAAUGAGAUCAACAAGCUGCUGAGUGAGCAGGAUGGCUCCCUGAAAGACAUACUGCGCCGCAGCCCUGGCACCGGGGCUGGCCUGGCUGAGAAGAGUGACCGCUGCUCAGCCUGCUAAUGCCACAUACCAGGCAGCCUCCCAUCCAGCCCUUCACCACCCAGCCCUGAGCCUGCCCCUCUUCCUCCUCCCCUGCCGGUGAGCAGGCCUCUGCCUGCCAGGGAUUACUCCAUCAAAACCUUCCUUCCCUCCCUACUCCCCUUCCUCUCAGAGCCUUGGUGCUGAGAAACUGGAGGGCUGGGGAGCUGGACACCGCCUAUGCAUGGGUGCUCAAGGUUACUGGGCAUGUGGGCAGCUUUUGUUGGCCAUACCCCCUCCUCUUCCCUCUCCCCCUUUCCCUGGGACCACUGGGGACAAGAGAUGGGUUGCUCUGACAGUGAUUCCAAUUAUGAAACUAAUCCUAACCCUGUGCUGUCAGAGAGCCCAUUUCUGCAGUUACAUCGGUGGGGAGGGCUAUGGGCAAGCCGAGUGGAGGAGGGGUCCUGUAGACACGUGGAUAGCAAGCAAGAAAAGGAGGUACUGUCUUAUCUUGCCACCUGCCUUAUGGGAAAAGAGGACAAGUCUGGGGUGAAGGAGUUUGGGAGGGAGAAGCAGGCAGAUAAAUUGGAGGGGGGAUGGUCAGGGUUGCCCCUGUCUCCAGUCCCCAAGGCCUCUCUCUCUGAAACGUUACACAUUAAACAGGAUUUUACAGUAAA